CGAACAUCGUGAUGGCUUGGAAGCAGUCUGGCUGUGAUUACCGAGAAAAUUUGUAUACUUAAAUAACCUGAAAUAAUACAACACAAAAUAAGAAUGGAAAUUAACGUUAAAUAUUUCAAGUUCGAAGAGAUCUCCAAAAGAAACGGGAAAAACGGGAAUAAGACUUGGAUUGUUGUUAAAGACAUCGUGUAUGAUGUGACACCAUAUUUACUUGAGCAUCCAGGUGGAUCGGAAUUAAUAACGGAUUGGGGUGGAAAAGAAGCCACAAAACCUUUCGAAGAAGGCGGACAUUCUUCAUAUGCGAAAAGUAUAUUAGUUAAAUACAAAAUAGGCGAAUUACAUCCAAAUGAACGAGGAUUAAAGGAUGAACCUGUUGGGUUGGAAUCAGGAUCUUCAAAUGGACCAUGUUGCUUCAUCAGAUUACUGACAUGCGGCUUCUGCAGAUGAUGCUAACGGAUAAACCAUUUUAAUUAUGUAAAUAAUUUAAUUGUAUAUAUAUUUGUA